UCUAAGUCAAACCUGAUUGGUCGGCACAAAAGUGACGCAUUCAACACGCGACUCAGUGUGCACUGUGUUGUAUACACGAUGCUAAGUGCGCUGCAGGUUGAGAGGAUCAAACAGCUUAACAUCGUCUUUUGUACUAAAAGUACAAUAUUCUCCAGGCAGGAGACGUUUAUGAGACCAUAGUUCAGGUUUAAAUGAGGCGAACGGGGCAGUAACGGUAAGGCUGGUUGUAGCUAGCAGCUCACCGUUUGUUACCCACAGCUGUGGUGCCAGUGAACCUAGCUAUGCAAGCUAGUUUAGCAAGGGUGGUCGCAUGGAGACACGUGUAAAGAAGAAAGCGUACCAGACUGGUGAAACUCAGUUGUUCGUGUUGUGAAUUAAUCUUCUGAAGAAACCGAAAGCAGUGGACGCAAACACAAGGACAGCCGAGUAAGCUUUGAAAAUCCUUUGAAGGUGUGGGUGAGCCUACAAAUACACCAGCGUCCAACAAAUACACACUGGAUCAGUUGGUCGCAUCUGCCUUGAGGACAAGGGAAUCUGUAUCUAGUUUCGGAAACAGACAUAAGAGAAUGGACCAGAGCCUAGACAAAAUAAGAUCCUGUUUCAGCUCUGCUGCACAACGGCUGUCAGACCUAGACCUGCCUUUCUAGAAGCUGAAGAGAUACCCACAGUGCUCUCAUGUGACCCUCCAUCGUCCACUCUAAUCUACCUCGCACCGAUGCACCGAACACAGAGCCACCGAGGCAAAGCAAAAUACCUCAAGAAAAAAAAGGGAUUCCUGUCUUCAGUCAAGGGAGUUUCUCAUCUCUCCAGGCGAGCCAAGAGACGCAUGUGUUGUAAAUUACAGCUUUGGAUGUGGAGAAAGCGGAGGGAGAAAUGUCAUUUUGGGACAUACAAAGCAAAGAAAAGAGCUUGUGGAAUCAGCUCUGGACCCUGCCACAGUGUAAAGACACAAUCACAGAAAAUUAAUAGCAAAGACCCGGUGUACCGCACACCCAAACUAGAACGUUCAGUCAGAACAUCAGUUCCUGUGUCACCUCUUGGAUGUGAUACUGGAGAUUCAGACACACUAAGAGGACAGAAUUCCCUGCUGAAUCUUUGUGACUCUGUCAGUCUGUCAGAAACGUUGAUUGCUUCCACUUCCUUGCACAACCUAGUCAUGAACACAAAUGUUUCUCCGGGUAAAAUCAGUCAAAUCGAGCAGACAGCUACGGUGCCGUCCCAGAAAACUGAAACUUCUGUACAACUCAGUGAAAUUACAGACCCUUUAAAACUUUCUCACACUGUCAAACCCCCGUUGAGUACAGACAGCGAUGCAGGUCUGUUAACUGCACAUUUCAAAGAACCAAGGACAAUGGUACCAGUUCAGAGGCUCGAUGUUGACGGCCCAUCAGGACAAUUCACUGCUGUAACUCCAGGUCAGGACCAGGAUACAAACAGAGACACUGAUGAGAGAAUCACCUGUAAAAAGACUUCUCAAACUGAUGUCAGCCUACUGAGAAAAGAAAUCCACGAAUUUCUUGAGGACUUCUACAGAAUAUAUGGAGGUUUCAUCCCAUUACGAAAGAGAGACGUGUUGAGACAUCUGGAGAGGAAGUUUAACACUGAUUUCAGCGACAGGAAAAAUGUCAUCUCCUCGGAAGUUCUCAAAUGCCGAACUGAAAUCCGUCAGAAGCCUGUUCCCUACUUCCAGGUGGUCUACAAGAAACACACACUGACACUGGAUGACUUGUCCACACUGGCAUAUCAGAACUGGCUCAACGACCAGGUCAUGAACAUGUAUGGAGAAUUAAUUCUGGAAUCUGCCCAUCACAAGGUCCAUUUUCUCAACAGCUUCUUCCACAGGCAGCUCAUGACUAAAGGAUACGAGGGUGUUAAAAGAUGGACAAAGCAGGUGGAUUUGUUUUCUAAGAGUUUGCUUUUGGUGCCCAUCCACCUGGAGGUUCACUGGUGUCUGGUGACAGCUGACAUUGACAAAAAGAAGAUCUGCCUUUACGACUCUCAAGGGAUUGCACUCCAGAAGGUUGCAAGGAACAUCCUGAAGUACUUGAUGACGGAAGCAAAGGAGAAGAAGCAUACCGAUUUUGAAAGUGGUUGGGAAGUGUCAUACAAUGAGAUAAUCCCACAGCAGACAAAUGAAAAUGACUGUGGAGUUUUCGUCUUGGAGUAUUGUAGAUGCCUUGCUCUGGCAAAACCACUGCAGUUUUCACAGAGGGACAUACCAAAGAUACGCAAGAGGAUCUACAAAGAGCUCUGUGACUGUAAGCUCCAUGAACAGGGCUGACAACUGUCUUACAGUAGUAUGAAUUAUGAUUAUGGUAGGAACUGAACCAUCCACACUUGACUCUGUUUAGAGCUUCUAAUUAACAAAAGCUCCACAAAGCCUUCCAGCACUGUGAGUGCCAUGGCUGACCCUGUAGUAGUGUCUUGUAUCAGGUGUGCUGUUCAUGAUAAAUCCAUGUAUGAUUACUGUAUUUAUAUGAUCUGUAAUUACCAGGAAUGUUAUUGAAGAAAAAUAUUCAUGAUCCUGUUAGACUUUGACUUGAAGUUUACACAUCUACAGAGCACCAACAGAGCCUUCCAAAAUAGACUGCCUGUCCAAGUGGAUCUCAUCUGUCCUCGUCUGUUUCUAAGUGUGUUACUUACUUUCUGCUCACCCUAUUUGCACAUUUUUUUUAGUCUAGUUUUGCUUCGUUUGACAUUUGUUUGCAUCAUAGUUUACCUGUAAGCACCAGAUGAAUAAAUAGAGGCUAUUCUUUUUUUGUUUGUUUGAAGAAAGUUGUCCCGCUAGAAUCAUUGUACAAGUGAUUGAUGUUUGUUUGUUUACACAACUGAAUUAUGUUUAUGAAGUUGUAAAUAAACAGUUUGCACACAACAUUUCACAAAGUAUAUUUUAUGUUUUCAUUGUACAGAUGCACCGCACACACAAUAGUCUUCAUUCAUAUUAGGGUAAAAAGAUAUGUGUAGAUACACAACUUACUAGCUAUAGACAGGUAUUUUAUUCAUAUCCAAUAGAUUAUAACUAUGUGAGUGUGUCUAUGAACAGUUGUCAAACA